AUGGAGCUGAGCCUGGAGAGCCUCGGGGGGCUGCACGGGGUGACACACGCUCAAGCCGGCGAGCUGCUGAGCCCCGGCCACGCGCGCUCCGCCGCGGCCCAACACCGAAGCCUGGUGGCAUCGGGGCGCCCGGGCCUGGUGGCGGGCAUGGCUAGCCUGCUGGACGGUGGCGGCGCCGGGGGCGGGGGCGCCGGGGGCGCGGGAGCUGCAGGGGCUGCGGGUGGUGGCCCUGACUUCCGUGGGGAGCUGGCUGGUCCCCUGCACCCGGCCAUGGGCAUGGCGUGCGAGGCCCCGGGUUUGGGUGGCACCUACACCACGCUCACGCCCUUGCAGCACCUGCCGCCGCUGGCCGCCGUGGCCGACAAGUUCCACCAGCACGCGGUGGCCGGGGCGCACGGAGGCCACCCGCACGCGCACCCUCACCCGGCCACCGCGCCGCCACCGCCCCCUCCGCAGCGCCUGGCGGCCAGCGUGAGCGGCAGCUUCACCCUCAUGCGCGACGAGCGGGCGGCGCUGGCCUCGGUGGGCCACCUCUACGGGCCCUACGGCAAGGAGCUGCCCACCAUGGGGUCGCCGCUGUCGCCGCUGCCCAGCGCGCUGCCCCCGGCUCUGCACAGCGCCCCGCAGCCGCCGCCGCCUCCGCCGCCGCCGCUCGCCGCUUACGGGGCUCCGGGCCACCUGGCCGGGGACAAACUCCUGCCCCCCGCCGCCUUCGAGCCACACGCCGCGCUGCUGGGGCGCGCGGAGGACGCGCUGGCCCGAGGGCUGCCUGGAGGCGGCGGCGGCGCGGGAGGCGGCGGGGCGGCCGGCGGGGCGGCCGCGGGUUUGCUGGCUCCGCUGGGCGGGCUGGCCGCGGCCGGGGCGCACGGGCCUCACUCAGGCGGCGGUGGCCCCGGAGGGGGCGGUGGCGCCGGCGGAGGCGGCGGCGGCCCGGGAGCCGGCGCCGCAGCCGAGGAGAUCAACACCAAAGAGGUGGCCCAGCGCAUCACGGCCGAGCUGAAGCGCUACAGCAUCCCGCAGGCCAUCUUCGCGCAGCGCAUCCUGUGCCGCUCGCAGGGCACGCUCUCCGACCUGCUGCGCAACCCCAAGCCUUGGAGCAAGCUCAAGUCCGGCCGCGAGACCUUCCGCAGGAUGUGGAAGUGGCUGCAGGAGCCCGAGUUCCAGCGCAUGUCGGCGCUGCGCCUGGCAGGUAGGGAUGAGGGCCCCGGAGGCUUGACCCCGGGGGACACCGUCGUCGGCUUAGGGGUGUCCGGUGUCUUUGAGGAUAAACUAAAGCAGCCCUCGCACAGCUCCGUGGGUGUGCGCGAGCGUGUGUUGCACGCUCCUUGGGUUCGUGAUCCUGUGUGUCCCCCCCCACCCAGACCAGAAGGUGCCACUCCCCUCCUGUCCAGCCACCGUGCAAGAGGGCCCACCGGCGCCUCCCUGCACCCGGUCACAAAGCGCCGGGUCGCUGACCACGCUUAG